AUGGACGGCGUGCUGGACCCAUUCACGGCACUCGACUCUUUCUCCUCCCCUCCUUAUUUCAACGACGACGACUUUUUCACAGACCAGUCCUCGCGGGACGGCAACCUGGACGCGGACGACUUGUUGGACGAUGACGUGGAUUUCUUCAGCAGUCAUUUUGCAGACUAUUACAGCAAGGAGAGCGCUUGCGGCCGAGCAGAUGCCGGCGACUACGACGCGGGCAACUUGUCCUUCUCGUCCUCCUCGUCGAGCUUCUCCUGCGCGGAGCUGUCUCCUCACGGCGGGCCUCUGCUUAAAAGGCGGCGGAGGAUGAGGUCGGACACGGAGAUGCAACAGCUGAGGCAGGCGGCCAACAUCAGGGAGAGGCGGAGGAUGCAGUCCAUCAAUGACGCCUUCGAAGGGCUGCGCUCUCACAUCCCGACGUUGCCUUACGAGAAAAGACUGUCCAAAGUGGACACUCUGCGCCUGGCCAUCGGCUACAUUAACUUUUUGGCCGAAUUGGUGCAGUCGGACCUGCCGAUUCGGAACUCUGGCAGCGACGCGCACGUGCAGCCAAAGAAAGUCAUCAUAUGCCAUAGAGGAACAAGGUCCCCCUCUCCGAGCGACCCCGACUUUGGUCUACCCCCUCUUGCCGGUCAUUCGUUAUCCUGGUCGGAUGAGAAGCAACUAAGGGAACAAAACAUUAUCCGAACAGCCAAAGUCUGGACACCGGAGGACCCCCGAAAACUGCACAACAAAUCGGUCCUCACAGAUAUAGAAAACGAACCUCCUUUUGGCCUGGUGGCCUGA